AUGCCGCCCAAGGUUCUCGUCAAGAACAACGACCGAGCGAGCGGCGUCUUGCCCGUCAAUGCAGCAACACGCGCGGCAGCGAUCAAAGGACCGCAACCGCGACUGAAGCUGGAAGUGCGCCGUCUACCUCCGGGACUUACACUCACUGAGUUCGAGGAGAUACUGGGCGACGAGUGGAAGCUAGGCAAUGGCAAAGUGGAUUGGAGGGAGUACCGCCAGGGCAAAGUGAAGACAGCACUGGGCAAGAUCCCGGAGCAGAGCAGAUGCUAUGUCCACCUUGUGAAUGAGCAGGUGGUGAAGGAGUUUGAGGCCCGUUUUCUGGCCGUCACGUUCCAGGACAAGGCGGGAACACAUAAGAACUCAGACCUCAAGAACCUACCACCGACACUCGGGUUUGCGCCGAAUCAACGGACUCCUAUCAAUGCAAAGCCCCGCGCGGACACUCGCCAAGGCACAAUCGAUCAAGAUCCCGAAUUCAUUGCUUUCCUCGAGGCGGAGACCCAACCGAUUACGAAGCCACCAGCACUUGACAGCGCAUCAGCCGAACAGAAAGAGGUCGAGAAAGUCGAAGUCAAGAGCACGCCCUUGAUCGAAGCUCUUAGGGAGAAGAAGGCGAACAAGGCGAAAGCGGCAGAAUCCAAGGCUGAGAAGAAGGAGUCUAAGGGACACUCUCGGAAUGACAGUAAGGAUGGUGCUGCGAGCAAGAAGGAUGGCAAGGACGACAAAGUUACGCCGCAACAGAAAGUUGAGCAGGCGUCGAAGGAAGCUGUAAAGGCGCUGAACAAGCAGGUGGCAGGCAAGCAGCAGCAAAACAAUCAACGCCCGGCUUCUCCACAGCAACCUCAAAGUAAGAAUGGGGCACAAGCCAAACAGAAGAAGGAUUCCAAGCAGAGCCCGAAGCAGCAGAACGCAACGCCCAACGAGCCUGCAAGCACGGCUAAGAAUGCGGCUGCAGGUGCUGCAACAGCCGCAGCUCAAAAUCCGACACCUCGAGGGCCUAGGCAGCGUGGCAAUGCCGAGGGAAUCAAGAAGAUGCUGCAGAAGGAUCUUGGAAUAAAGCCGAAGCCUACCCCAGCUACGCAGGACAAGACCGAGAAGUCGUCGCCGCAAUCUCCGGCCCCAUCAUCACCAGCAGUAAUGAACGCUGCCACAAAUUCGAAGGACCAGAAACCGCAGCCCUCAUCAACACCUACCGGUCCAGCAUCCACCGCAAAUGCCAAAGUCCCGACCGGCCCCAAACAACAGCAAACAUCCACCCCAAGCCCCAGCACAUUCAAAGCAUACCUGAAACACGCCAACCCCAGCCAGGGCAUGACCGAGAUCCUCAUCCAGCAAGCCCUCUCCCAGUACGGAGAUGUCACAAACGUCACCAUCGAGCCUAGGAAGGGCACGGCGAUUGCGAUCUUCAAGGAUGGCGAGAGCAUGAAGAAAGCCGUCGAAGCAAAGAAAGUCGCCGUGGCUAACGGUAACGUCGAAGUGUUGGAGUUUAAGGAUCGCAAUGCGGGCAGUAAUCGCGGUGGGUUCAGGGGCGGGAGGGGAGGUGCGAGGGGAGGGAGAGGCGGUGGACAGGUGGCGGCGGGUAAUGCGGCGCAGACACAGGCGCAGGCGCCGGCGAAGGCGGAGGUGGCUUCUGGAGCCUGA